AGAAAAGUGAGGGUUUUAUGUUGAGAGAGACCAUGGAAAAGUGAUAAGCAAUUAAACGUGAAUCAAGGAUUUACAUGGCUGUAGUACGCUCCUAUUAUCCGGAGUUUACAGAAGAUCAAAUUGUUGACCUUAAAGAGAAGGAGUUCUCGUCUUGGUUGCAAUACUAUGUAUCAGAUGGAGUUUCUAAAGGUCAAUCAUUUCCAACAUGGUUACUAGAGUUCUCUAACGGACCAAACUACAUUGCAAAAUCCUACCCGAGGUAUUGCACAAGAGGAUAUGCUUUUAGGAUUUAUGAGGAUGGAACUAGGAGGACCACAACUGAUUCUGGUAUAUCUGUUCAAGCUGGUGGUGUUGUAUACUACGGUAUCCUUAGAGAAAUAUUGGAAAUUCGCUACCCGGGAAUGUUGAACAUGAGAUGCAUUGCAUUUUUGUGUGACUGGUACGACCCCGUGGUUGGUAGUGGUGUACGAGUUGACCAAUUCGGUGUUACAUCAAUAGACUCAAGACGAAGGUUAUUGAAAUACGAUCCAUUUAUACUUGCAUCACAAGCAGACCAGGUAUGCUACAUCAAUUACCCUCGAGUGACGCGCGUCAACGACCCAUGGAUAACAGUGACGUCGGUAAACCCAAGAGGUCAAGUAUAUGGAGUUGCAGCCCACGAGCCUCUACAGGCAAGCAGAAGUUGUCAGAUGGCUUCAGUUGAGCAUUCCCUUGAAGUUGAUCUUAUGGUUGACUUCACCUUAUUUGAAGAUGAAAUAGUGCAUUCAGAGUCAGAGGAAUCAGUUGGAGAAUUUGAUGAUGAUAUAGACUCAAUUCCUUCUGACUAUUCAACAGAUUCAGAGUAGAUAAUAAAUGUUAACUUUAUUU